CACACCCGCGAGUCCUGCCAGGGUCAGACGCGGAGCACCCUCCCUGCUCCGGGCAGCCGGGGGCGCGGGCCGGGCCGGGGCGCAGGCCGAGCGCGCAGCUCCUUCCAGGGCGGAGGGCGGCGCGAGGGAGGGAGCGAGGGAAGGGAAAGGCGAGAGCGAGCUGCCUCGAAUGCUUGGAAUAAUUCCGCUUCCGUUUGGAAAGCCGCAGCCUCAGUCCCGCCGCCGUCCGCCGCGUCCGCCCAGCGCCCGCUCCGCUUACCGGCCGGCCCGCGGCUGCCCGCUCCGCCGCCAUGGCCACCUCCCCGCAGAAGUCGCCCUCUGUCCCCAAGUCCCCCACUCCCAAGUCGCCCCCGUCCCGCAAGAAAGAUGACUCCUUCCUGGGGAAACUCGGAGGGACCCUGGCCCGGAGGAAGAAAGCCAAGGAGGAGAUCCAAUCCCCUGUCACCGGUCCAUCAAAACGUGACCAAGCUCUCCCUUCUCUUUCAGUAUCAGAGCUUCAGGAGGAGGGAAUGAACGCCAUCAACCUGCCCCUCAGCCCGAUCCCCUUCGAGCUGGACCCUGAGGACACCAUGCUGGAGGAGAACGAGGUACGAACGAUGGUGGAUCCAAACUCACGCAGUGACCCCAAACUUCAAGAACUGAUGAAGGUAUUAAUUGACUGGAUUAAUGACGUAUUGGUUGGAGAAAGAAUCAUUGUGAAAGACCUGGCUGAAGAUUUAUAUGAUGGACAAGUCCUGCAGAAGCUUUUUGAGAAACUUGAGAGUGAGAAGCUAAAUGUUGCUGAGGUCACCCAGUCAGAGAUUGCUCAGAAGCAAAAGCUGCAGACUGUCCUGGAGAAGAUCAACGAAACGCUGAAACUUCCUCCCAGGAGCAUCAAGUGGAAUGUGGACUCUGUUCAUGCCAAGAGCCUGGUGGCCAUCUUGCAUCUGCUGGUUGCUCUGUCUCAGUAUUUCCGGGCACCAAUCCGACUCCCAGACCAUGUUUCCAUCCAAGUGGUUGUGGUCCAGAAACGAGAAGGAAUCCUCCAGUCUCGGCAAAUCCAAGAGGAAAUAACUGGUAACACAGAGGCUCUUUCUGGAAGGCAUGAACGUGAUGCCUUCGACACCUUGUUCGACCAUGCACCAGACAAGCUCAACGUGGUGAAAAAGACACUCAUCACUUUUGUGAACAAGCAUUUGAAUAAACUGAACCUGGAGGUCACAGAACUAGAAACCCAGUUCGCAGAUGGAGUGUACCUGGUGCUGCUCAUGGGGCUCCUGGAGGGAUACUUUGUGCCCCUGCACAGCUUCUUCCUGACCCCAGACAGCUUUGAACAGAAGGUCUUGAACGUCUCCUUUGCCUUUGAACUCAUGCAAGACGGAGGAUUGGAAAAGCCAAAACCACGGCCAGAAGACAUUGUCAACUGUGACCUAAAAUCCACACUGCGAGUGCUAUACAACCUCUUCACCAAGUACCGGAAUGUGGAGUGAGGGGCCACCCUGGGUCCCCACUGCCCAGAAGUUUCCAAAUCAUCUUAACCUGCUUAUUUCUAUCUCUUGCUCUGUGCUGUCCCACAGGUCCAGCCACAACCCAGAGAUAGUGGGAACUGAAAUUAGGAAGGAAGUGACCAAUAACUCCGUGGGCUGACCCAUACCUCCCAGGCCCUGGGACCAACCAGCAAUGACCUGGGAAGGUUGUCCCCAUGCUGGCGUCUGGUCCAGAUUCCCCACAGUGUGGCUUGGGAUCCAGCUUAGUCAAAAGAGAGUCCCCAGGAGAUGAAAAUGAAGAUCCUAGUGACCACUUAAUGUCACAGUAAACUGUGCUGGCACCACCCUAAGGGCUCUGCUAUACUCAAGCCCAUUAAUUCUCAUGACUCCCAUUGAAGUGGGCAUUAUAAUCCCCUUUUACAGAUGAGGAAAUUGAGGCUCAGAGGUUAAGUGACUUGCCAGAAAUUGGCAUCUGGUCUUUCUCUUUGAACAACAUAUUAUUAGCCGAUUACAUCACCUUCUCUUCACUUUCUGAAGUUGUGCAUGUGUAUAUGCACAUGCACACACAGGUACACGUGUACAUCUGAGUCAAAAAAGACAGGAACCUACUGACCUCACUGCUAGGGCAGGCUACAUCGGGGCUUAGUGAUUCAUUCUGAAAUUGGCAAAUCGAAUUUAACCCAAUUAAUAGUGUGUGUGUGGCAGGAGUCAUGUCCCUCAAAUCCUUUGCACAAAUGAAAAUUACUCUUAAUUCCUUCAGAUUUAUAAUAACCUCGUACUCUGGUUUCAGGGCGACAUUUGGGAAGGAUUCUGUUUAGAAUUAAUGGAGAGGCACAUUUUGCAGCCUUUUUGCUUGAUUGCAUGUAAUGGAAAUGCCCUAUAUUUCCUGCAAAAUAAGUACUCAAUUCAUUAUCAUUAGGCAAAUGUACAAUAUACUCAGGCACUGCAGAGAGCUGGGCACAGGUCCCUAUGAACAUCAUUUGGGAAGUAGGACUCUUCAGCAGGGACCCUUGAACUUUAAAGAAAGGAACUCCUCUUUGCCUUCUAAUUGAUCAUUUAGACCAUUCUGGCUAAAUCUACCCACAUGCAAUUAGCAGCUAAUUCAGGCAAGGAAAAAUGUAAGUCAUUUAGACCAAAGCCGAGCAGUUUCCUUGUGUGGGUUACUGAAGAGCUUGUGGUUACUUGUAUCUCCUCUAAUGUGAACCAACUUUGAAAUGCAGACCUCUAGUUGUGCCAGGCUGCCAGGUCCUGGAGGAAUAGGAAAGGAGCUGAUGGGGGUGGGCAGUGACUAGGGGACGAGAAGCAUGGGGAAAAUAUUUGCACAUUACCAUAUAGGAGCAUACCUUCAGAGACAGUGGUGGGGCUGUGGUACUUAACACUUGUACCCUGAAAUUGACCAAGGCCUUGGGAUAAAUAAUCGUUUGUGCUGAUAUUAUAUCUUCCUUAUGGAAUUUUCACAAAUGUUAGAUACCAGCCUGUGUUCCUUUUUCCAGAAGUCUGUGACUACCUUGACACUACUUUAGGCCACUGCACAAAACCCACCUCUAGUUUGAGGAAUUCAUGUUGAUCUGUACCACACCACCCAAAGUUAGGCCUCCCAUACUGUCUAAAACAUUCCUUUCAGCCUUUUCAUCAUUUCUUACUAUAUUGUCUGUCUGCAGUAACUCAGAACCCUAAGGUUUAGACAUACUACAUAAUUCUUUGGGUAUUUUGCUCUAAGAAAGAAUAAUGAACAUUUUAAGAUAUAAAAGCAGUCUACUGUCUUGUGUCAAUUGAUGUGAAAGAAUACAAUUCUUUUUUAUGUAAUUAGUGAAAUAUUUUUCACUAGGAAACACUAAAGAGUGUCAUGUUUCUGUUGCUCUCUUUUAAAUUCCUGGUAGCAAAUCAAGAUAAAUAAUUGCUUUGUCUCUGAAUGAUACUAAAGCAGGAUGAAAUAAGAGAGAUGCAUUCAUGUAAACAUGCUUUGCUGUACAAAUUUUGUCUUUUUCUUUUCUUUCCCAUGUAUUGAAGCUGCAAAUGUACAAGUGCCCUUAUUAAGAGCACUCCUUUGUACAUUUUACAUAUACAUAGUAUGAAAACACAUCAGACGGAACACUUGAAAAGUUUUAAAUAGGUCUGAUUAUCAGAAAAUUGUAUUUCAGGACUGAGGUCUUUGCCUCAGCCCAGAAUCCCAGGGCCUGGGCCUGCUUUUAUUACCCUGUCUUAUUCAAGUGUCUUCCUUUAGAUUCUGGAAUCUCCUACUUAAUAUUGACCAUGGUUUUGAAGGGGGGAAGAGGCAUCAGAACAAUAAAUAAAUCAAACUUAACCCUUA